AUGCCCAGCAUCGAGGUCGUUUCCUCUCCCGCCUCGUCAGAACAUCCAGAUAGGCUCCUGCUGAAAUCCCACAAGUCGCUGCCCCGUCGGACAAAUACCAAUCCUCAUGGACAAUUCUCCCAAUCGUCACCUACGGAACACGAUGGCCAUUUUUCAGGCGGCCUACCUCCUAUGGCCGUGCCAAUUCUCCCUUUGACACCACCUGGCAUCACCCAGAACGAAAAUCCGACCGGAGCUAGUGCACAAAAAUCGACUCUUUCUUCCCACUCAGUCACAAAUGUGCUUACGCCGUCUAGACUGUCACACCCGCCUACUCCCGAGACAACACCUCCACGAGUCAUGGCUUCGAACCGACCUGGGCUGAGCCAAUUUGGGUAUAUAUCCUCUUCGUCACGGGCGGAAUCAUUCAAAACGGCCCACGAAACGAUGUCCGAUGCUGAAACAGUGACUCCUCGCGCUUCGCCGCCAUUGCUCUCCCGUUCAGACACGCAGAAAAGUACUAAGAGCACGAAAAGCAGUCGAGCCAACCGUACCGAUGCAAUCACGAAGGAUCUAGCGGCUAGGGAGCUCUUCCGAGAAUCGCCGCGUUCAAAAGUCGAAAAGCACGUUGAAAAGAAACCUCUAGCUACGGCCGAUAUUUCACGCAAACAAAACCUGGCGAAUGGUCAGGCUUCGGAACUUUGUGUCAAGCCAACUCGUGACAAGUCGAAGGGAACUCGCAACGCAGCCGAUUCUACUGUGACCGACAUUGACGCAUCAGCGCGUGGAAGAAGAAGCUUACGGGACCGCGUGGCUCAUGUUCAGCAUCCCGAUGACAGCCCGGCUUUGGAUCAGUUUCGUCAAGAGAUCGGCUGGCCGUCCGCGGAUGAUGAGCUGGCUCGGCUAGAGGAUCAUAGACGUCUUUCGGGGGUAUCCGCAUCCUCGACGAUCGAAGCAGUGAUCGUUGAUAAACCCAGGCCAGCUCGGCGCGCUCUGCGACAUACAGAGAAGAGAUCAUCUCUACGCUCCGCGAGCUCUCCGAUUACAGCGUCCGAGCGCACGUCUAUUACGUCCAGCUCGGAUCUAGGCCGCCGGCUGAGUCACAAACCUAAUCGGAUUACAGAAAAUGACCGGAGAAGCGUUUCGUCGGAGUUGUCUGUCUCCGUAAGCUCAACUCUGGGUGUUCCGCAGCAGUCUGUGGAUGUGGUGCCAGUAGUAGUGAUCCCUCAGCGACACUCGUCACUCAAGGGCCCUUCAAACUCGUCGAGCAAGAACCCGUCUAUAUCGCGCUCUCGGCCGUCCAUACACGCGCCUGCCGUACCCGGAAGCCGGGUCGGCUCUCAGGAUCUUCCACGUGGAAAACGCACCGUGUCCGAAUCGCGUGUCAGCGAUGACGAUCGUGGCCGCGGCCUGAGUCGACCACAUGUUCCGCCCCGCAGCUCUUCACUAUCCGCGCCUACAAGUCAAAACAAUUCUCGAGCAACUUCUCUGACCUCGGAGAGUUUACGGAGCCAUAAUCUCGCAUUGGAACAAGUCAAGAAACAGCACCAACCUGAGAAAGUACAGCCUCCAUCUAUACCAGUGGACUCUCCUAGCCUCGAUCAGCAUGAUGCGUCAGAUAUCCUCAAGACUCAGUCCAUCGUAAUUGGCGUAGAAGAUAUGAGCUAUUUGCGGCCACCGUCAGUGCCUUUCACGCCUCAUUCAGUCCCAUCGUCAUCACCUGGUCCGUUCGAGAUUAGCGAAGUGAGGAGAGUGGCCAUCUUCCCGCAUAACAAUGAGUCUCUAUUACUUGUCAAUCCACAUGGACAAAGCAACCUUCGAGCACAGCUACAACAAGCUGAACAGCCCCAGACCCCCGAUAACACCCAACAGACUACUGAUGUGGAUUCUCCAUUGCGGAACCCUCGGCCACCGCCAAAACCGCCAGUCUCUGCAGCUGCUGAUAACUUCGUCGAUUUUGACCAGCUACCCGGAGAAGUGACUAAUGGAAAAGACCCAACCAAUGGUAUUGAUCGUCGUCCAAGCUCCAAGAGACGGCCGUGGAUUGCCCGACCUCGGUCUGAGUCCUUCAACUCGUUCGUGCGGACACUUUCACUCAAUUCAGCCAGGAACCCUAAAGCUGGCGAAGACAUUGACGGGCGAUCGCAGCCCUUCUGGCGUCCGCGCCGAUUCUGGGAUGACUCUCCGGACUCCCUGUCACCUGAAGAAGGCAACUCCAGACCGCGGAACCUCAAACAGCCAGACGAGAUCAUUAGCAACUCAUUAGGAAUGCCGCAGAAGCGGGUUGUAUUCGAUGGCCCACCUGUCUCGGCUGCCCGCCCAGGCGCAGUACGGCGAACCGACGGUCACCGAGCCAACAGAACAAUGCUCAUUGGAAGCGGCAUCUUUUCACCGGAGGCCUUGUACUCCCAAACCUCGCUCCACCAGCGCCGAUUCCCAGCCGUGCCGAGGUGGCGACUACGAUUCCGGUCUGGCAUUGCGCGGUCUCUCCGUUGGCGCCUUCGACGCUCAAUACAACAACGAGUCGAGGGAAGGCGCGAAGUCCGGCGCGAGAAGCUCAAGCAGAGUAUUGGCGAGGCUGUCUUGAUGGACUCGAGCACACAAGUCAGAAAAAGCCAUACAAUGAAAUGA